AUGGCGGCGCCCUUGUUGAGCGCGGCCCUCUGCGGCCUCCGGGGCGGGCGGGCUUUCGGCACAGCCGCUGCUCUCUGCAAGCGGGCAGCUCCGCUGGGGCCGAUGCCCAACGAGGAUAUUGAUGUCAGCAAGUUGGAAACGCUGGAAAAAUACCGCAGUUUCAGUCGCUAUUUCAAGCUGGCAGAAAAGGAGAGCAGGAAGCCACACUGGUGGAAAUCGUACCGACAGUACACCAGCCCCCAACCAGAGCCAAAGACCAACAUCAGCCUGCCACGUGCAAAGCAGUCACGGGCAAAGGAAAUCAAGGACAGAAAGAAGAUCCUGAAGGAGAACCACCAGAACGCUGAGAUGGAAAGAGCAGCACGGCUCCGGACUGCGCUGAUUCCCCUGGCGGAGGUCCGAGCCGAGUGGGAGCGGACCAGUGGCCCCUUCCACAAACAGCGCCUGGCAGAGCACUAUGGCAUCUUCCGUGACUUGUUCAAGGGAGCCACCUUCACCCCCAGGGUUGCCUUGAGGGUGGAGUACAGCCAAGAGGAUGAGGACCUCGUGCCAGUCUACUAUGGGAACAUGGUGACUCCAUCAGAGGCUUCCAGGCCCCCUGCAGUGUCAUAUGAGGCAGAUAAAGGCUCUCUCUGGACUUUGUUGCUCACAAAUCUGGAUGGACAUUUAAGAGAUGCAGACUCAGAGUACCUCCACUGGCUGGUAACAAACAUCCCAGGCAACGACAUCAAGCUGGGUAAGGAGAUCUGCCAUUACUUGCCCCCCUUCCCUGCCAUGGGAACUGGCUACCAUCGCUUUGUCUUCCUCCUCUUCAAGCAAGACCUCCCCAUAGAUUUCAGCGAGGAUGUCCGGCCCACACCCUGCCACAGCCUCAAGAUGAGAACCUUUAGCACAUUUGAGUUCUACAGAAAGCACGAGGAUGCAAUGACCCCAGCGGGGCUGGCCUUCUUCCAGUGUCAGUGGGACAGCUCCGUCACUCGGGUCUUCCAUCAGCUUCUCAACAUGAGGGAGCCUGUGUUCAAGUUCGUGCGGCCGCCUGUUUACCAUCCUCCGCAGGUGAAGUUCCCGCGCCACCAGCCCCUGCGGUACCUGGACAGAUACCGAGACACCCAGGAGCCCACCUAUGGCAUUUACUAGGGACCUGGCCUCCUCUCGAGGUGCUCUGCAGUACACUGGGGUGCUGACCUGGCAGACUGAGCUGCUGGCUUCCUUGCCUUCACAUUCUGCAGCUGGAAGCUGCCUGUGCCUCUGGAGAGAAAAAAGAAAGUCUCAGCCCUUCGGCUUCCAGCUCCCUAUGCUGGGAAGUUGUGCAGCUGAGGGCAACAGGUUGGCAGUGCUGGCAGAUGGGUGGUCAGAAGGCUACUUAAAAGGACACUCACAAAUGACAAAUCCAUGGCCAGGCUAAAAACUUGCAAAGCUGAUCAGUAGGGGUGGCAGGGUAGAGUACCCCCUGAGCUGCCCUGCCUUGCUUCUCUGCAAGGAUCUCAGUUCUCCUUUUGCCUGUUUCUGGAACCAACAGAGCCAGGCCAGCCUGGGUUUCCUCUUCCCAGUGUUGUGGUUGAGGACUGUAUUUGCUUUGGUUUGUGCAGGCCUCUUGAACAGAUGCCUCUGAUUAAACAC